UUCGCCAGUGCGCGACGGCCGUCCGCUGCGCCUACCGGACGUCAUGUGCAGGUCCGGCUGGAGAGAGGCCGGCACCAAACCCAAACCCAGAUCCAAACCCUCUUGACUAGGUCGUUCUCGAACCUGCCGCCGCCGUGGAAGGCUUGUCCAAAUCCAGCGGGGUACGGCGACCUUCGCUAGCUUCGGCCGGUGAGGGAUGGAAGAUGCUAGGCUCGAGUUCCUGCUUGAUGCCGUGGACAGGAUUUCGCUAUGUGAAGGGUUCGCAGACAGUUUAGAUGAUCCAGAUCCGGUCCCUCUGGCGGUGUUCCCACGAGUUGAUGUAGCCCCUACUGCUCAGGUGGACUCAAAUGACGGCUCAGGUUGCGGGCAAAGAUGUUGGGUGCGCAGUCGCGGGGGAGCCGCAGGCAAUCGAUCUGAUCAAUCAAUGGACAGGCUGAACCCGAGGCUCCGGCUUGGGCAAAAAGUUACUAAACUACAAGACUAUGAAGAGCCGAGGGACGGAGGGAGUGGUGGCACAAGAAACAUUGAGGAAUAGUGACUACGACGAGCAAGGUCGAGGUGCAGCCAGCAAUGACGAGUCGACGACGACUGUCGCCUUCUCUAUGGUAAGAUCUCCAUUUUCUCUCCCUUUUUGUGUCAAUUUGAACAAUACACAAGUGCAAACAAGUUCCACUCAAGAGAAGUAUAAACAAGACACAACCCUCUUAACAAUGCCUUGCUGCUGGAAGUACCUGAAGCCUUCUUGGCACUUGAUUCAGCAGAUUCUCAAUUUCUUGUCACUUAUUUUCUUAUUUCUUGUAUCAGCGCCCUCCCAGGUACAACCGAAGACGACGAACUGUUUGAUGGUUUUUUUUGUCUUUCUCAGCUGUUGUUAUAUCUUAAUUAGAAAUUCACUUUUCAUUUAGUGUUAAUCUGAAUACGAGAGUGGAUUGAACUAGGAGUAAUCUGCUGCUUCUUAAUGUUCGAUAAUUGGAUCGAGAUUCACCCUCUCUAAUCAUUAUUAGCUUGGUAUAUUCUUGAACCUCAACAAGUCAUGAAGAAUCCCAUACUUCUUCCCGCCAGUUUAAUAUUGGCAAUUCACCCUUGUUGUUUACAUAUCGCUAAUCCGUUACCAAAUUACCAAAUUGUCUAAAUUUUCUUCCUCCAGUACAGUGUUUCCUUUUCAUUUCCAACUUUAUUAAAUCAUAUUAACUUUACUGAUUUGGAUGAGCUGAGGAUGAAAGAAGAGAUCAGUGCUGACACAUGGUGCUUCCCAUUCGAGCAAUUGGGGUGUGUAGAAAUGCUUUAUGACUUGCAUUCCAGCCGAUGAAGUUGUUAUGCUUGUAUUGUCACAUUAAUUAGGCCACAUUUUUGUCCUGUAAGAUAUCAGUGUAUUUUUAUUUGUAUUUGCAAUUAUUUUACUCUUUUCUCUCAAUUUCUAUUUGGUCUAUAUGGACCAUGGACAAUCAAUUUGGAUGCCUAUACCCCAGUCUAGAUUAUAUAUAUAUAUUUAUGUAUGUCUUGCUAGUAAUCUUAUCAUCCUGGAAGAUAACAGCACAAAAAUGUGAGUGUGCUUUACGUUUUCGUUGUCAACAGUCUUGGUUUGCUUAUAGUUUUCCAGCCAGCAUGUUUCUAUGCCAAAUAUGUCAUUUGACCACACAAGUGGGUGUGGCGACUUAACCAAGUAUCAGUCGACUAAGAUGUAGACUGUUAGUCAAAAGCCCAUCUAUAAUUCAACCAAAAAUUCUAUAGAAGUUAGUCAUCAAACAACCAACGUAGAAAACAUCCCUGAAGAUUCUAAUCCUCUGAAAUUCUUAUGAAAAACAUUUAAAUCAGAGGAGCCCUAUACUUGAGAAGACGUCAAAUGUGCAUGGUCCAUUUAAGAGCUAUCAUGGAAGAGGGAAAGGAGAAAACCAUGCCAAUCAUGCUUAUGAACGGAUGGAGCAAAAAUGUUUUAAGAGAACUGGAUAAGAUACCAUACCACUGGUCUGAGUCUAACUAAGUGGUUGUUUGGAUAAUGAUGGUAAUCGAUCUGUUUUUAGAAAACGAGAUUUAGGAU